AUGGGGGAAGCAGCAGAAGCGGUUUAUGCGACAGCUUUCCAUAGGCUUGAUCUAGUAGGAUUGGGAUCUACAGCCUUCAUGGGCCCUCGUGGAGGGUCGCUAUGGAACGCUCAAACUGCGGGAGAAAUGAAAUUAUGGCAAACGGCAUCAGCUGCAAGUGUACAGUCACCAGGGAGUCAGCAUGACGGGAACCUAGCCACGAAGAGGCAACAGCAGCAUGUAGAGCAGCAGCGCCUCCGAGAGCAGCAGUUUCUACAAUUGCAGCUCCGCAACAUCGGUUGCCAGCAGCAAGUGGAUCUCGCCUUGCACUUGGUACAGCGGCAGCUGCUGCUUCAGGGGUUCGCUGCCUCUGAAACACUAACAUCCUUGGCAACAGCGACAGCGUUGCCGGGUGCCCCUGAUUCUUUCAAACAGGCAGCAAACAAGGGCAGAGAAAGCUCUACACAAGAUUCAGCAGGGUGUGUUGUUGCUCCCUCGGAAGCCUCGCGCAUCGCGAAGCAGCACGCAGCGUCGUACCUUGCAGCGGUAGCUUCUGCUCUACUUCCUGCCGUUUCGGGAGCUGCUGCCGAAGCCUCAGCUGCAGCAGGUACACCUCCAGCGGAGGGGCUGUGGGGUGAUGCUGCUUCCUUCACAGAGCUGCAGGCAGAGAAUCAGGUAGAACCUGCUGUUCAGCAAUUAAGCGCGCUUGCCAUUAUGUCAUGGGGUGCACGGCAGUUGCAGGAGCAAAAGUUGCAGUUGCAGCAUGUGCAGCAGUUGGUCAUGCUGUUAUACCAGCAGCCGCCGACAAGGCAGAUACUGCUGGAAAGUUCGCAGUUGAUGCAGCUGCUCGAGACUCAUCCUGGAGUCGUGUUGAAGCUGCUGCAGCAGCAGCACCUUCACCAGCGGCCGCUUCCGCAGCGUCUGCUCAGUGCGCUCCUCGAGAAGCAGCAGCGCCAACAACUGACGCACCAGUCGACGCAGCAUCUUCUGCUACCUUCAGAGGUCUACGCCAAGUUGCUUGCAGCUGCCAGCAGGGAGAUCCGCGAGGAGCAGUCGUUGCUGCAUUACCAGAUCGCAGCGGUCGAGAGAGAGCGCUGCAGGCUGACGUCCCUUGUGAAGCGCCAGGUGCAGCGGCAGAAAUGCCCACAGGCGCAGUUUCUCCACAGAACUAUGCCGGAGCUAGCGGCAGCAACGCCAGCAGCAGUGACGGAGGCAGAAGCUCCUCCGCAGGAGUGGUGCAGGCGCAGCAGCCGAUUGCAGGGGCGAUCUCAGACAGUCGAGUGUCUUGGCCGCAGCGAAAGCAAAGCCACCGAAAAGAAAAAAGGCAACGGUAAUAAUAGCAGCAGCAGCAGUAAUAGCAGUGACGAUGAUGAGGAGAACAGAUAUCCGCAACAGCAACAGCGACGGCAGGGUUGUCAACGGCUCCAGAGCCAGCAACGCAAGAAAUUGCAUCCACACGAAAGAGGCCAUGGAGACGCACCACUUGUUGCUACUGCUGCUGCUGCAGUGGUGGCAAACGCAGAUGACGGCAUAGAGGAGCCCUUAGAGGAUGUAGCGCCACGUCUUGCCCAGGAGGCGAGGAACGCAGCAGCAUCAAACAGAGCAGCAGAAGCAGCAGCGGCUGGCAACAAGGCCAAAGGAGAGGGCAGCAGCGGUGAGCUUGCAUCCGCAGUGUUUGAUUCAGACGAGCAGCAGAUGCAGCAGCUGGUUGCGCUUCUAAGGCAGUGGUCUCAUCGUGCUGCAGACCUCACACCUCCUUCCGCCGACGAUUCUGCGGCAGUCGUUGGAAGGCUGUCAGCGACGCAGCCGCUGUUGGAGCAGCUGCGUCUGCAGCAGCAGCAGCAGAACUGCUGCCUGUUGCAGAUAAGUGACGGUUACAGCGAAACAGUGAGUGCUCUUCUUAGCACGCGCAGUGCGACCACGGCGCGUCUACACCAGCUGCUUGCCUGGAGCUUCGAGCAGCAGCAGCAGACACUGCAUCAGCAGAAGGAGCAGCAACAGCAGACACAACAGCCGCAGACACCGCAGCAGUUGCUCGUCUUGGCCAUGAAAACUCCCGAGCUCCAAGACAAACGCGGUAGACGCUCCCUGCCGCCUCUAAAGCCCCUAAGCGUUGACGUUUUCGCUGCGCUGUGCGGCUGCGCUGCCGUAGCCCUUUACGUGGAGGCUGCCCUUAUAACGCUAGGAGUGGAUACGGCUUCUGAUAUAGAGCUUCAGCAGUCUCAGCAGUUUCAGCAGCAGCUUCAGCAGCCUCAGCAGUUUCAGCAGCAGCAGUUUCAGCAGCGGCAGCAGGGCGGUGACGCCUCUUGGACGUCGACAGUAGCUGCCUGCGUUAAGCGCCACUGCAGAGACACGCUCGUCCCCCUGCUAUCUCAGCAGCUUGGUCAGUAUAUUGAUUCUUCUUUUGCCAGUGGCUCGUUGUUGUGCUGCGAGGCAGCAGCAGUUGCUGCUUCUGCGAUGCAGCGCUUCCUUGAGGGACUGCGCUGUCUGUGGAGUGCUGCCGUGGCAUUUCAGAAACCCGCGCUCUUUAGUUUAGAAGAUCUCCAUCUCAUUGCUGCUGGACUGUGUUAUAUUUCGGCUGUACGAGCCUUGCCUGCACAGGCGACUGCAUGCGUGCUGCUCUGGCGUUCGGCAGAAGAUCUGUUGCUGCUGCUGUUUCAGUUCGUCCCGCAGCUUCACGACUGCGUGAUUGAGGGACUGCUGCAGCACUCCUUGGCGUCACCAGCCAGUGGCGACGCAUGCGUGCAGCGGGGAGGCAGCCGACAUGCAGGGGCGGUUGCUGCCGCUGCGGCUGCAGCGACUGAGCACGACGGUGGAGAGGCUGUGGGACGGCAGCCUCUCUGCACUGCGGAAGCUGUCGCGUCAGCUGGCAUGCAUCCUCUGGCUCUGCUGCUGCCGCGGCUGCUGCAAGCCAUGUGCCUGCCAGGCGCGGUGUACAGACACCUGUAUGAGGCACCCGACACAGCCCCACACUUAGAGCCUCCUGAGAAACAGCAGAAACAGCAGCCACACGGCGUAGCUGCAGCAGCGGCUGCCGCGUCCACGGCAGCCAAGAAAAUCGCUCGCCAGCUACUCUCCAUUGCACUUGGCGAAGAGCUGCACUGUAAGCAGCAACAGCAGCAGCAGCAACAGCAGCAGCAGCAACAGCUCGUGCUGCUUUCCGCCACGCGGCCUUCUGCAGGCUGCGUACGUGCGGUGCGGCGGAUUAUCGCCGAUCUCGCGCGACUCACUCUGUCACCGGCGUUGCCUGCUUCUCUCCUGCUGCUUCGCGCUUGUGGUUUGGCGAUGUUGGCUCGCUUGUUGGGAAAGGAUGCGUCUGCUGCUUCGGACGGCAUGCAUCAGCAUCAGCAGACAGUCCUGCUGUCUCUGCUCUCGGAAGUUGUGCCUGCAGUCUUUGCAGAGGCUAUGCCAGAGCUGCCGCCGCUAUUUCCGCUAUCAGCAUCAGCAGCAACAACGUGGAUUUGUGCAGGCUGUGAACUGCGACGGACAGUUGCGCUGUGCCUUGGAGAGGCUUUUGACAGAAUGAAGCCAUCCGCAUGGCUUUCGGCUGCAACAGCUCUGCCCCCCCCUACCAUGGCAGCAGGGGCAGUCGCAGCGGCGAGCUGCGCAGGCGAUAGUUCCCUGCUUCUCUACGUCUUAGACGAGCCGCUCAUCUCCCACUGUCUCCUCCUUAUGCAAGCCGACGCGAGCAGAGGGCCUCUUGCAGCACAGCUGGCUGUCGAGCAGCGCAGCAACAACGCACGGCGCGAUAGAGGUGAGGCUUGCAAGGUGACUUGCUCAGCUGCUGCUGCUGCAGCAGCAGACAUGAUGCGCCUCUCUCAUGGACGCUUGCUCCUUCUCCACAGCCGAGCAGCGAUGGCGUGUCUCUUGCGGUUGCUUGGAGGCGCUGGUACCAGCAGUGCAAGCAGGAGCAGCAGCAGCCAUGCAAGCAGGAGCAGCAGCAAUGCGAGCAGGAGCACCAGCAGCGACAUGUUGGAGGUUGUGACAGAUCUGGAGUGGGAAGCUGCAGCGACGGGCUCAGCUGGUUUGAUUACCCCUCUGAGCAUUGCCAGUGCGGCUGCAGGUGUUAUGGGUAGCGAUCUGAGCGUACCAUGGCAAGAGGAGCUUCUCCCUUCCCUCCUGCAGCAGCAGCAGCAGCAGCACAAGCUGGUGAUGACUGUAUGGCGGUCCUUUGCUCUCUCGGCGUUGCAGCAGAUUGGCGAGUUGCUGUUGCAUGCCGUGCAGGUGGCGUCGGGAGAUUUGCGGGCUUCCGUGAGGCGGGCAGCCCUUGGGGUGUUGCAUGCAUGCGCAACGCGCAGAGCUUCAUUGCUGCAACUGAGCAGCGGCAAUGGCAUCUCGAUCCUCCUGCCGCAGGCUCUUGUAGACUCUGCCCCCUGCGUUCGCGAACGUGCUUUGGCAUUGCUAGACACGGCGCUGCAGCAGCAGCAGAAAGCAGCAACAAGAGCAACAGUAGCGGCAGUGGAAGGAGCAGCUGGAGACUCCUGCAGCGGCUUGCAGGGGAGAGAGGGCAAUCAGCACGAGGCGCCUGUGCAGCAGCAGCCGGAAGCAGCAGCAGCGCUUGCUUCUUGGCUGGAAGGCGUCGGCGGCUUGCUGCGUUUCUUGCGACAUGCAGUGCUGUCGGAUGCAGCUCCCUUGGUGCGACAACAGGCGCUGCGGGUUGCGCGCAGCUGUGCAGCGGCUGCUCCUCUGGGGGAAACAGCUCGCUGCUGCCGCAGUCUUCUCAUAGAGGCGCUUGGUGCGACACCAGAUCACGCUGCAACUAAGACCUUUGUAACGGGUGCUCUGGCUGCAGACGUUGUCUCCUGCCUCGUGAACAAGUCUCACGACGCAGAAGCGCCCCCUAAUACUGACGUCGACGAAGGCGUAGCUGCACGCGUGCAGACACCUCCUCCUCACCCCGGCAGGAGGUCCUCAGAGAACUGCAGCAACUCCCCUCUUGCUGCUUCUGCUGCUGCCCGAGCGCGAGGCGCAUGCAGUGCGUUCAGCGCAUUGAAUUUGCGAAGGGCAGUCCGACUGCUUGCAGGAUUAUGUGCAGUGGCAAGGGAGCACCUCGAGACUUCACUCGUGCCGCUGCUGCUGCCGCGAGUGCACUACUUGCUGCAGUCGCAGCAGCAGGCGCUGCAGCAGCGGACGCUACAAGACCUCGCAGCCACGCUGCUGGAAGCGUGUCUCAACGAGUAUCUGAAGUGCUGCUUCGGGGAAACAGAGGAUCAACGGAAGGGGCAGCAGCAGGAAGGCGAUGCACUGCUAAAGCCUGCCGCUCCAGGAAGCGCCUUGUUGCAGCUAGCCGAGGAGUUAGGGGCUUUCUGCCCACGUGGGCUCAUGCAGUUCGUCCCCCAUGUCGCUGUUAUGCUCCGGAAUCACGCCAGUCUGCUGCAGCAAGGCGGCUGCUACAGCGGCAGCAGCAGCAGCAGUAGCGCCAGCAGCAGCAGCAGUAGCAGCAGCAGCAGUAGCAGUCCGUGCCUCCUGGGGGAGAUCGAACUGCUCGCUGCUGCUGCCAACCACAUCCGAAACGCUUCCGAAUCCAUGCAGCAGGAGAUGCUGCAGUGCGUGCCUGCUGUGCUUGUCCUCCUCGAGACAGACCCACUGCUGCUGCAGGCAGGCACCCGCCUGCUGUGCCAAGUGUCUGUACAGCUGCAGCAGGAAGACGUGCGUGAUAGCCUUCUCGAUUUGUUCGCCGUCAGUCUGGCCCUCAUCUAUUCCAUGAAGGAUCGCAUUCACGAGUUGCAGCACCAGGAGCAGCACCGCCAUCAUCCCUCGCAGCGCGGUGAACUGCAACACGAGGCUGAGAAGACCCCCCUUGUCUCGAUGCUGCAAGCGCUUCAGUUCGCUUCGUGGGCAGUUGCGUGUCUUGCUGCGGGCCUGCGCAUGCACAGGGUGCCUCAGGGGGGUGCAGCAGCGGCUGCAGAGGUGCUCUUUGUUGCUCCUGUUUACGUCUGUCCUGUGUGGGGUGGCCUUUUUUCACUGCGUUGUUUCCGCCUCUGCUGGUGUUUGCUUGCACGUGUAGGGUCGGCUGCUGUAGACGGAGAUGCACUGCUGCCAACGGCCUGCGUCGCCUCGCUGAUGCAGCGUGUGGCUGCGCAUGCAACGGAUAGCAGAUCCGCGGCUGCGGCUGCCGCAGCCGCCGCAGCCGCAAAGGAGACCUUCGACAUCGAGCACUGUGUCUUCCAUUUGCUGUGCGACGUGUUGGCGCUGCUGCAAGAGAAAGGGGCAAUGACGGCUGUGGCAUGGCAGUCCAUUUGCUGUUUCUUGCAGGCAGCUCCUUCCUUCCUUGGCAGUCCCCGACUAGCGGCGCGUCUGACUGCCGCAAUAGCAGCCGCGACUGCCGCAGGUCCGAGCCAGCUGCCCAGAGUCGAGCCGCGAAGGGCGUACAAGACUGUGGGGCGAGUAGACACGACAGACUUGCCUGCUGCCCUUCAAGCGCUGUAUGGACUCGUCAAGGCGCUGCAAAGAGAGGACGCAUCAUCUGCAGAUGCAAGACAUGCAGCGGCCGUUACUGCCCCUGCGGAAGCGGCUACCGUUGGUCGACGUCGCAGCUUCGCGAGCGCCAGCGCUUCCCUACAGCGGCCUUUUCCCCACCGGAAGGCACACGAGGAUCAGCAGCUGUCGCGAGAUAAGACGCCUCCAAGCCGCCGCAAAGCCUCCGAAGAAAGAACUCCCUGGGCUGCACCAACCGAAGCGGCAGGAACGGGAGCAGCUACAACUGCGAAUGCGAACGCAAGUGCAGCCACAACUGCAAGUGCAACAGGGGCGCAGUCUAGUGUGUGUGAUGCCUUGCAUGGACUGGCAUUACAAGUUGGACCGUUGCUGGAAGUGCUCAUUCCCAGGCAGCAGCUGCAGGGGCAGAGGCGUCAGGCAGCGUGGGCGUCUGUUAGCUGCACCACGGCUACCCUCAUCCUCCUUCUCACGAGGACGUUGCAGCAGCUGGGUCUCGUGUAUCACAGCGAAAUGCUGCCGCAGACAGCUGCUCUCCUGUUUUCCAGCAGCAAAACGGUGGCGCGUGCUGCUUCUCUGCUGCUGAAAGAAACUCUCAGCGGCAGCGCUGCUGCCCCCUCCGCUGCAGGCCGGCUGCAAGAAUGCCUUGACAGCGCAGCGCUGAUGUGUUUACACCGCGGAGUUGCAGCUAGCACAUACGCAGGAGAGGCGCAUGCGCAUGCGACAUGCGGCAGCGGCAGUCCCAACCUCCUGCAGCUCCAAGAAGAGGGCACAGCUCCACUUGCCGCGUUGAGGCUUGCGCCAUUCGAGCAGUCAGACUCGGCAGCCGUGACAGCCUUCGUUUCUCUUUUUACGCGUGUCUCUAAGGCAUCCCGACGGUCUCCCUUCGCUGAGUUGCACCUCGGGAUAGUGGCAACGCUGCGGCGCUUGAUCAGCGUAGACGGCCUGUCGUGCCUGGCUGCGCGUCUUCCGCCUUCUUGCUCGGGGGCAGUGCAUGCGGCAGCUAGUGGAGCAGACGCAGCGGCGACGGCUGCAUGCAUUUCUGCCUGGAUCGAUGGCCUCCCCCCUUCGCUUGCUGGCAUUGCCACAGACGCGGCUGUGACGCCGUGGCUAUCUCGAACCUCGCCACACUUGCUGCCUCUGCUGCCAGCAGCCUUUGCAGCGCUGCUGCAUCUGCGGCUUGCUGCAGACGUGCUGCUCGCCUCGAUCAAGAGGCCUACCGAAGCAGCAGCGGCAGCCGCAGCGCUGCGAGGGGUUGCAGUGGACUGCGGCUCUGCAGUCGACGCGCUGCUGCAUGCAGCCCAGCAGCAGCACCAGCAGCAAGUUGCUGCGCUGACUGCUGCUUUCUGCGGAUAUUUUGCGUCGCAGUUGAGGGCUGCCCUUUUGCGAGGCUUCCGCGUGAGCGACAGGCCUGGUGGGGAGAGCGACUCCGCAGGAUCGGCAGCUGCUGCUGCGCGCGAAGAGCUGGAUAGCAGUGCCAGUGACACGGGCGAUUUAGCAGGAAGUGGAAGUCGCGCAUUCCCUGAGCAGCAGGAGCACGUUCGCGGAUUGCAGCGGCAGCAGCCCAGUCCUCGAAGCGGCAGUAACCGGGGAAAAAGGAGCUGCAAAGAAGCGCCGAUGCGAGGAGAAAUUCUGACAGCUCCUGAAUCCGCAAAGCGCACGGCCGUUGCGGCUUCCCGAUGUGCAGCAGCAGCAGCACGAAGCAGUGCAGCUGGUUUCCUCGGAGCACUUGGCGAUGACGCGACGAAUGCGGAAAGCCUUUUCAACAGUGCAGCUGCAGCUCAGCGCCGUGCUGUCGCCAAGAUCGGAAGCCUGUGGGCUGCGAUUGUCGCUCUGGAUACCGAUCCUGCUGUCAUGGCGAGUUCAACUGCUCCAGACGCGGCAGCUGCUGCUGCGGCUGCUGCCCCCACGCAGGAGGAUACGCGAGAUCGCCUUAUUCGGGAGCUGGUGGACGCAGCUGUCUGCUUCGAGAGCGAGUUGCGUCUCUGGGAAGACAACGCGCAGCGCCUCGCCUCCGCACCUCUGCACGUGCAGCAGCAGCGGGGGGGCGGUGCAGGAAAGGGCCCACGCUGGCAGAAACGGCGUCAGCUGCACCAGGCAGAAUCCUCUGCUCCGACGUGUCGUCGGCGGAAGCGCAGGAGGUUCGGAAUUCGAAAGGGAGAGGAUCCCAGAGAUUCUGAUUGGGCAAGAGAUGAGGAAACUUCCGACAUCACGGCAGAGUCAGACGAGGACUUCGAGGCGGCGUUCUGA